AUGUUGAAGAGUUUUGCUAUUGGUCUUGGACCGAGGAGCUUCUUGAGGAGCUACCAGAUUGCCUCUACGACGAGAAAAACGAUACCGGUAUAUCCGCCAGUUGAGAAAGCGAAGAAACCAAAUGUGGUUGAGACGCUGGCUAAGCAGGAUAUUGAAACCAAGUUGGAUCCUACCGGCUGGAGAAGAGAGCUCAUCAGCAAGUCAACCAAGAAUAGUUUAAGUGCCGGUGACGUCGUGCGUGUUGUCUACGACUCGAAGAAGUGCUCGUACGACAACUUCGUGGGUUAUGUGCUUGCUGUGAACCGCAAGAACUUGGCCCAGGAUGCAUCUUUACUGCUACGGAAUCAAAUCUCCAAGACUGCUGUGGAAGCGUUGAUUCCAGUGUUUUCACCUUUGAUCGAAAGAAUUGACGUACUGAGAAGAGCAGACAGCAGGAGGAAAAGAAACAGACAUUACUACAUCAGAAACACCAAACUGGAUGUGGGCGACUUGGAGGCCAGUCUGAGGAAGAAAAGGUGA